AAUACUUUCUGUACUUUUAGAUGCUGGUUCCAGCUGUUGCCUUCACCACGCUGGGGAAAUGUAGUUGCUGCUGGAAUGAGAGUUUAAUGAUGUGUGGGUCAGUGUUGGCAGCUGUGGUUGGUCUGGUGGGGUCUGCCUACUGUUUCAUCGUAUCAGGGUAUGCACUCCUGCAGGGCCCCCAAUGCUUCACCUCGUAUGGAUGGUCGUAUCCCUUUGCAGACCAAAAGGGCAGGUAUCUUCUGCAGCCAGAAACGUGGACACGGUGCCUUCAGCCGGUUAACAUCAUAGAGUGGAACAUCACUCUGCUGUGUGUCUUACUGGGCCUGGCAGUGCUGGAGUUCAUCAUCUGUCUCCUACAACUGGGAAAUGGCCUAGUCAACGCUGUCUGCCGGCCCUGCUGCUACAAGCAGGAGUACAGUCUUAAUGCUUAGAUUCAUCUGCACAGACAUACCACAGAUGCAUAUAGAUACAACCAUAUCGUACAUGUACAUUACAGUAAUGGACACGAGCACAAAAGGAAGUCUCCACACAUAACCUCACUGCAACGUGUGUGCGUGUGUGUGUUUGAUUACAGCACCACAUCUCCAGUCAGCCAGGUUAGAUUUGUAAUCAGUUUAUUUUCAAGUUCAGUCAAAGUCACCAGUGGUGCCAGGAUAUGUGUCUGCAACAAUGUAGCUCUGUAUGACUUUUUUUAUUCCAUAAGUAGGACAUUGUAACUUACUUUAAAAGCAGGCAUAGCAAGCCAACAUGUACAGAUAGUAAGAGAGGAUGGGAGUAUUAGGUUUACUGAAGUAAAGUCUGUCAAACGUGGUGCACAGGCUUGCUCAGUUUCUUCACUGUUGUUUUAUGUUGUAUGCUACACAGCUGUGUUAACAUUUUAAAGGCCUGAAGAGAACUACGUUAAUAACAGAGCAAUCAGUAUCAAAUCAACUGCCUGAUAUUGUUUGAUAAUGUGAACAUUACCUUCUUUUGGGUAUUUCCUUUCCCUGGUUAAUGGUGUUUUUGCAAGAAACAGUGCGUGUUGCCAUGAUUAUAGUCUUUGAAUGUGCCGUCUUGGCUAAAAUGAAGCACAGUGAUGUGCCCUUUAUGUCUAAUUUUAUUUUUGUGGUCCCAGGACUUGCAGUGUGUUGGAUCACACAUGCAACACAAGCCGAUUUUCUUUUUGUGCAUGUGUGUGUGUGAGUGUGCGUGUAUGUUUUUACAUCUAUUUUAAUUUUCAGUAUACUUUGUUGUAAAUUGUUGUCUUAAUGUUUCUCAGAUGCUAGUCCAGUGUUAACAAAC